GCUACCCAAGUUGACAGGUUCUCUUUAAUUCCUUGCAGAUGGAGAGUCAUGAGGAGAGCGUAGAUAAUUGUGCAUGAAAUUAAAAUGAUCAGAGGAGCAAGACUUCUUUUCAUCAUUGUUGGAGCGCUCCAGAUUUUGCUAUCUCUAAUGUUUAUAAUUUGCUCGAAAGUUGUCUUGGAAAAAUACAAUUCAAGACUGCAAUGGUACUCUCUCCUCUAUAUGUAUUUCUCUUUACUAGGAUUAAUGUGUAUCAUAUCGGGAAUUGCUAAAAAACGGCGUCACUUGGUAAAAUUAUCAAUCUGUCUGCAUGUCAUAGCAAUUGUUAUUGGGACGAUAGGUGCCGCUGUUAGCUCAGUAUUUUGGCAAAUGUACAAAGAGUCCGGAGCUUGUGGUGAAACUGAACAAGGAGACUGUAUUUGCUUCCAUGAAAAAUAUGACAUCGACUGUGUUGAUGGUGAUUUAUCGCGUCGUAUUUUAGCCGCGCUGACAGCAGCCAAUAUAAUUGUAAUACUGACGUCGUUUUUGGGAACAAUUCUUGGAUUUACAGUAACAUGUUGUGAUCCAUCCAAUAAUUUUAGGGAAGAACAAUCCAGAAUGGAGCAUAGCGAACAAACAGCAGAGUCAAGUGUCUUCGUCACUCAAACAGCGGUGGAAACAAUACGUUUAAGUGCGGUGUGAAUGAAAUCUUUAAAUCAACAUUUACAAACACAUUUAUAUGUGUUUAUCAUUGUAUCAUGCGGAGAAAUGAAAGUAUGCCUUAAUUUGAUGGCUGACUUCGAGAUAGCGAACAUUUCAAUUUUUCUUAAUUACCCGGUGUGAUGUGAGGGUUACAGAUAUCUUACAUAGUUUUGUCGAAAUCACUUGCAGUAAAAAAACUUACAUUUACUGACGAAGAUAUAUUAUCAAGGAGAAAAUGUCAGAUUCAUUGGAGAUAUCUGCACAUCUGUCGAUGGACGCUGCCAGCUCUCCGACAAAGUACAAUUGACAGGUGUCGAAGUACACUCGGCCAACGAUCGGAGUUCCGAUAUCUCACGAAGCAUCGUCUUUCCAUCUUCACGAGUCUGCAAACAUAUUUCAAAUGUAAUUAUGGAUGUUCUGGUGUUUUGAGAAAUCAAGAGAAGAAAAAGAAAUGGAAAAGAAAGGAAACACGUUGCUAUAGUUACGUCAGAGUAAUCACAAAACGUUGCUAUAGUUACCUCAGAAUAAUCACAACAUUUCUGUGCAUAUUUUGAUGCUUCUGCAUAUUGUUUAUUGUUGAUAAAAUGACGAGAUAAGAACUUAUAAGCACCAGAUACAUCUUCCGUAGAAAGUACCUACAUGAGAAUACAUAAUGAAUAUUACAGACUCUGUUGGUCCCAAGAUAAUAUUCUUCGUCCAUAUAUUUUGUACAUACUUACUCCUAUAAUAUCUGCUUUUUUUGUAUAAGUCAUAUAGUAUCUGCAUGCGUCUUCAUUCUCCUGGAGUCGUUCAUAAAGUCUGUAAAAAACACAAUUUUUUGCAACGUAUGUUAUUCCCUUUAUCAAUGUACUGAGAAUUACAACUAACAACAUUUUAUUCACUUUACUAACUAGAAAAUUGUAACAUUGUUACUUGACUUAUUAUAACUUUUAAUUAUCUUACCUAGCAAAUUGUAACAUUGUUACUCGCCUUAUUAUAACUUUUAAUUAUCUUACCUAGCCAAUUGUAACAUUGUUACUCGCCUUAUUAUAACUUUUAAUUAUCUUACCUAGCCAAUUGUAACAUUGUUACUCGCCUUAUUAUAACUUUUAAUUAUCUUACCUAGCCAAUUGUAACAUUGUUACUCGCCUUAUUAUAACUUUUAAUUAUCUUACCUA